AUGAAAUUAAAAUCUGGCUUAAGUGUCCCAAGGAAAUGGCUGUGUUAUUCAGUAGGUUUAGAUGUGGUGUAUUGUGAGACAUGUUGGCUAUUUGCGAAUCGUGAUUAUUCGUAUUUUAAUCCAUCCUGGAUUACUGGAGUUAAUAACUGGCAUAGUCUCUCAGCAAAGAUAGAUUUACAUGAAAAAUCAAUACAACAWAUUGAUGCUAUUAAAGUACRUUGUAUUUGGGAUAAAAAUGAGACUAUUGAUAAAUCAACUGAGCAACAAUAUUCAAAUGAGGCAGCUUAUUGGAGGAAUGUUCUUCAAAGAAUCAUAAAAAUUAUUCUCUUUUUAACGUCUGGCAAUACAGCAUUAAGAGGACAUGAACAUAAAGGCAAAUUUAAAGAACAAGAAUAUAUAAGUGAAGGUAAUUUUAUGCGUUCAGUGAAACUUUUAGCUGAAUUUGAUCCUGUCAUGAAUGAGUUAUUGAAUGAUGAAAAAAAAAAAUCAAAUAUCUUAGUUGGAAAGUACAGAAUGAAUUAA